AACUGUGAACCUUGGCAGGUCAAAGUUCAUUAAACAGAACGCGAGGAACUGAAGAGAGGGCUGCACAGAAAAAACGAUCAAAGAUGAGUACACCAAUUUAUGUGGAGAAUGUUGCUUUGCUAGGAAUAGUAACUUUGGCCGGAGGUUAUCAACUCGCAAGUUUUGCAAAGCGAGUUGGAAAGAAGAGGUACCAAGUGAAGCUAGCUUACCCAGCUAUAACUGGUAACCCCGAGUUUGAGCUGAUUUACAGGGCUCAACAGAACUGUUUAGAAUUCUACCCAAUAUUUAUGUCAGCAUUCUGGACAUCUGGCAUUUUCUUCCAUCCAGCGCCUACCUUUCUUGCUGGAGUGGUUUACCUGUACGCACGUGAGAAAUACUUCACAGGUUACUCUAAGAGUGUGGAAGGAAGGAUGUCUGGCUUCCGCUGGAGUGUGCGAGGCCUGAUGUCGUUGCUGGCUAUGGGAGGAGUGGGACUUUGUCACGCCGUACUGAAACAGUAUGCUGGGAUCAACGUGUACGAGCAGUACCUACAGCAGUAUCUCAAGUUUUAACGAGGCCAUGUGAUAUCUACUUACUUAGGAAUUUACUCAAUAUCAAUCCAUGCUUAAACGUUAACGUUAUCAUGAUUCCAAAAGACAAGAGCAUAUUUUUUCAAAUUUUCAAACCAGUGCCAUGUGAUAAUGCCUUGUCAUUGGGAUGGGGAUAAGGAGAGCACUAUAUGAUAUCUAGAUAAUAUAACAUUUGAUUAGUGCCAAACAACUUUGUACAGAACUCAAAGUAAUCUUAGGCAUUCCUUCAUUGAUCAAGUCUUGCCGUGUUUUGUUUAUAUGGUAAUAUUCAUGACAUUUGUGUUUACAUUCAAAUUUUAUGUAAAAAAACUGUCAAUAAAAUAACAGUACAAUGUU